AUGAACGAAGAACGUAGACAUACGAGCCGUCAGCCCAGGGAUCCGUCUCGGCCAUCGAUAACCAAAGAAGACAUUGGACAAGCCGAGCGUAUGGUUGCAGAUGCCGUCCAGAUGGUUGACGCAGCUAUGUCCAGACAUGCUACCAAAGCUCUUGCGAAGGAGAACAAGGCGUUAAGCGACCUUGCCAAAGAAGCUUUCCUGCCCCCAGACUCCGAGCUGGCCAGGGAGAUCGCGCGCGAACGUAUCGAGAAACGGGUGCACGACUUCGAGAUAAAGUUGCAACGGGAUAUGCUUGAUGAACAGGCCCGACGGCCAGCUAAAACUUCGAACAAGCCUCCCCAUAGCCAGAAUCCAAAAUCGCGGAGGUCUCAUCGAAACGCUCCAUCAUCCGGAAACUUGUUACACGAGAAAAGUGAAGGAUUUUACCACAUUAUCGAUGGGAUGGCGCCCGUCGAGGUGAGUUCUACCGGCUUCGUCCACUUCCCACGACAUCCUGACGACGAAAAUGACUGGGAACGUGUAUCUCGCCAUUCGACACCGGAACCAGAAGAGAAGGAAAAGGUCGGAGGCGACGUCAGUAGAUCGAAGGGACUAUUGCAGGGCUGGUUUGGCAAGUAA